UGUAGUCCUUCUGCCACAGGAGCCGAGUUAGGCCAAACCCGGCGGCUGCCGCCUGCUCUGUGGGUUUCGCCCGGGCGGCGGUCGCUGCCUUGGCCUUUGUCCCUCUCGGGCUCUCCUCUCCGCCGCCGCCUCCUCCGCCUCCCCCACCCGGGCCAGGCCAGGAGGAGCCUCCGGCAGAGCCCGCAGCCCUCCCGCUCCUCGUGCUCGCCGCUUCCCCAGCCUCGUCGCCGGCCCUACUCGCCGUGCCUCCGGCAGCGCCGCCCCCCCUCGCGGGGGCUUGGGCUCUGCUAGGGGAGGAGGCGGAGGAGGAGGGGGAUUAGCACCGCGGCCGGACUCUUCCCCAGGCCCCCCUGCCUCCCUUCACCCCCGCCUCCCCCAACACCAUAGGCGGCUCAGGCACCAAGAUGUCCAACCGAGUGCUCUGCCGGGAGGCCAGCCACGCCGGCAGCUGGUACACGGCCUCAGGUACGCGCUGGGGCGGCGGGGGUUUCCGGGGCCUGUGGGGGCGAGGGGCUAAGCUGCUCGGUCGGGCGGCGGGAUUGCUCUCCAUGAGCUCGCUUUGCCCAUUUAUUAUACGCGGGGGAUCGGUGUCUAAACGACCGAGGCGAAUAAAGCCCUUGGAGAUUUUUAAUCCCGAGUAAUUGACCGCCCGGCGCCGCUACGAUGCGGUUUCUCGGUCGUUGCAAAGGGGGGCCGAACUCAACCUCUUACCGGGAAUGCGAGGCUUUUUUUUAAUUAUCCGAAAGUGGGGGGAUAAUGGGUGCCCCACGGACGCAUAUCCGUGAUCAAUCCUGGAGUGUUCACUCCAGGGUGCGAGGAAUCUCGUGGCCACUUAAAGGCAAAUUGAUUUACGGGCGCGCAACCUUUUUGUGGCCCAGAAUCUGCGAGAUCGGAUGCAGCGAUCUGGUGAAGCGGCCUGUAACCCUCGAAAGCUGUCACACAAUGAGGUUGCAGCCCUGUUCAUACUUACCUGGGAGUAAGCCCCGUUGAGGGGUUCGGUAGGACUGACCUGUGAUGAGUAGGCAUCCUUAGGAUCGCCCUGUAAUUCUGUGAAUCUCUCCGGUGCCGUGAGACUCAUUUGUGUGUGCGUGUGUAAUUGGCGUUAAAAAGACAUGGGGCGAAGGAAGGGAGCGUUUUGCAACACACACACAUGGCGCUGAAUUGAAGGGAGGUUGGGAUGGCAGCAGGCGACGAUCGCGGCGCGGAAUCCGGCGUUGAUUGUGUCGGGAACAAGGCUUCCCCCUCUCCUUCGCCCCGGCAGGUGGGCCAUUGACUGAAUCAGCACUUUCCGCCGGGCAUUUCGAAGCCUUUUCUAGAACCUCCGGUUGCCUUUGCCCUCCAUAAGCUGCCGUGGUUGAAUUCCCGGCCAAGCUCCAGAAGGGUGGGGAGAUCGGCGCCUGGAGAAAAGAGAUUCCCAGAGAUCGCCCCGGGGAUUGUAAGGAAACUGUACUGGUUCCUAUUCCCUUUAUUAUACCCUGAGGAAACAGCGCAUUUCGGGAGAGGCGAUUGUGAAAAAGAAGCCAGGAGAAGAAUCCCCUGGUAGUUCGGUGUCGAGUUAAAGGAACCGACAAAGAUCUGAAGUGUGUGAAUGAAAAGGGGUCAUUUAGGGUAAUACGGGGGAGGGGAAAGAAAUGGAUUAUGGGAACGCAGCAGUUGUCUCUGAAUCGAGCUAGUAGGCAUUUUGUCAAGUCCGGCAUCUUGUACUGCCUAGUGUACUGUUUUUUCCCUUUUAAAAAAUAACCAUUGCAAUUUAUUAAACCCCCAGAGAAUGAGGCAUUACUCUUAAGAAGAACAAAGGACUUAACGACUGUAUGCUUAUAGGGAAGUCUUUGUGUUUCCCCAUACCUGCGUUUUUAAAGUGAACAGGCACAGAAGAUAUGAGGGAGAUAAUGCUUUUGAUUGGUGUUUCUGGAUUUCUGAUACCAUUUAAAAAGAGCAAAUAGGACCAGUGGUGUUGUCAGUCUUUGCCCCCUUUUCUUUCUUCUGGCCCUCCUGAGGAAAUGCUGCACACAGAACUGCCCUCUGCAGGAUGAAAGGCGUACAUGUUCCAGAAUGAGUUUUCUUCCUAUAUGCAUUGUAUGCAGCAACCAGAUAUUUCAUUUGGCCUUACAAAGAAACAAAAGAACCUUCAGGACUGAAAGAAAACAAACACUUACUUUCUCUGGCUUGAUGGUUUGUAGUCUUACCUGAAAAAUAUGAUGUGGAGAGAGAAGGUAGCAGCAGGUUUGACAAGCAUAUGUACAUUGCAGCUGGCUACUUGCAACUUGCUCGCUGCAUGUCUGCUUGUUAGCAACCGUAGUAGGUAUCUUAACCUUUAGAAGUCACUCCUAAUUGCUUGUCAUAAGAAAGAUUGUUUCCAACUGGAAGUGUAGGUUUAGGGAUGCAAUACAUGCCAUGAAUGUGCACCUACUUUGGAGGAAGCCUGAAUCCAGAACUGAAGCAAGGUGCUUCUGAAUGCUUUGAGAUUUGUUAUGAGGCAAAGCAGGUCUCCCCCAAAGCAGCUCAAAACAAGUCUGACUGCUCCUUGCAGUCAGACAAAAACAUGCUCUUCUCCCAGACCUUUGGCUAAUGAAACAAGGUAUGACCCUUUAAACUGGGGGUAUUGUUUUUGUUUCUUACUAUGUUACGUAUUUUUGUGUUUUGAUAUUGUAAACAACCCUGUGAUCCUCAGAUGAGGGGCAGCAUAUAAAUUUAAUAAAUCAAUAAAUACAGUGUGGAUGGAGGAACAAGGGCGUCAUGCAAGCGGAUGAUGCAAUGCUCUUCCUAACUUUGACAGGUUGAAAUCAGGGUGCGGAGGUUAUUGCUGCAGGAGAUAAAGUGUCAAUUCACAACUUCUAGCAGGUGUAGCAAUGGAUUUAAAACUGGUUGGUAAUACACGUGCAGUGUCCAAGCUUGCUGGAUGCAUUGCUGAAUAAACACAUUUUCUGCUCUUGGGAGCUGGCAACAAGACAAAGAAGACUGAACCGGCUGGCUAGACAGGUUUCCUGGGGUCUCUUGCUUACUCUACAGAAAAACCUAAUGUGAGCUUAGCAGUUACAAGAGAAACUUGUAUAUGCCAGGCCAUUUUGCUGCAGCAAAUACCUAACUGCCAAACCACAAAGUGAUGUGCAAACACAAAUUUCAUUUAAAGAAGAAAGAGUCCUGUGGCUCUUAAAGACUACCAUAUUUAUUAUGGCACAAGAUUUCAUGGAAAAGAGCCCAUAUCAUCAAAUGCACAAAGUGUUAUUCUUACUUGGUGUAUGUAUGUGUGGAAAAAUAUGUAAAAGGAUGUGUUAGAAGGCCAUGAAAUACAAGUCAAUCUUUGACAGCUCUGUAAAACUUAUAUGUAUGCAAGAUAAGCACCUUGACCAUUCUCAACAAGUUGCCAACGGUUGUUGCAUCACAAAGGGAUAUGUCAAGCAACGAUGAUGAAGGGUGAAAAUUUUUACAGUGCUUUAUUUUUCUAUGGAUAUUUUUCCUGUUUGAUAAGCUCAUUAGUAACUGAAUAGAUGCCAGUUGCAGAUAGAGUUUAGGCAAGCUUGGCAGUUUCAAAGUUUUUAGCUUUGUAUGCUAAAUACAAGUAAAAUAGAAAUGCUAAAUUUGAUCACUCUGGGGCAUCAGAAAAUUUCUGGAUGCAAAUUACCCUGUGAUGAGGAGGAAAGAAGGAAAGCCAACCCACUCCAAAUUAUAUUUUAUUUACAAGGCAAACAAAUUCAGAAAAAACAGUAUGUCAGGACAGUUUUUUAUCCUGUUUUUGUCAUGGAUGCAAGUGAGAGCUACCACCGCAAACUUACUGCACCUCGGGCCGGGCAUGGUGAGCCAGAGGGUGGGGGAGCGCGUGCCCAUACGCGUGCGCACAUGCUAUUUCCGGUGCUCCUCCGACCCGGAAGUGGGCAGCCAUGCAGUGCCGGUAAGAGCAGGCAGCGGGGGUCGCCACAGACCGGAUAAACGAGUCCCUCAGGCCUUAUCCGGUCCGCGGGCUUUAGUUUGGAGACUAUGAUCCAACCAAAGAAAUAGUGAAUAAAAUGUAUUCCAGAGGCUGUUAAUGCUUCUGUUGUUCAACUGAAAUGUAUCUUAAAUAAGCUGCAAUCCUACAUCCAUUUCCUAGUGAGUAAAUACCAUUGAAUACAGCUGGUCAUGCAUCUGAAUAAACAUGCAUUGAAUUGUGUUCUUUGUAUGUUUUUACCACCAUAACAUAUACUGUGGCAUGUGUUUUCAUAGGCAGCUGUGUACUCUUAUUAGAUAUCUGCACCUACAAAAAGUUGUGUCAUGGAAAAAUUCGUUAUUGGAAGAUAUGAUGUUACACUCUUGCAUUCAAGUGGUGUUCAAAAGUAUAUCUAUAAAAAUGAAAGAUAACUUACGAAAGCAACUUUGGUCCAUUGUAGACCAAUGGAUCUUCAUAUACUGUUUUAUUUUACCAAUGGAAGCAUCAAGCUUUUCCAUAUAGGUGUUUUUGUUUUCUAUUUGUGGAUUUUUGAACUUUAGCAAUUUAUAUAGUUCAGGUUACUGGGUGUUUGUAGUCCAUUAAGGGGCAUUCCAUGCUAAAUGAACAAACGAAAUGAUUUUUUUUAAAAAGAAAGGGAAAAAAAGAAAAUGCACUGUGAACAUUAAAGUACUUUCCACACAAGCUGAUUUUGGAUGAGAUGUUGUGUUUUUCAGAAAUUCAGCAGCCUCCCAAGUUUUACAUGCUAGGUGAACUAAUUACUAGUAGGUGAAUGGAAGUAACCAAAGCAAUUGCUGGAUUUACUUGCAUAGAGGAGAUAAUGUCCCCCCCCCCAAAAAAAAACCAUGAAAAGCCUGCAAUGAUUGGACAUCGUAUAUAGUUGUAUUUUUGUUAAUUUGGCAAGUGACGCUCUACCUUUGAAAAAGAGAUCCUGAGCUUCAAAAUGAACUCUUAACUACUGUUGAAGGUUUACAUUUUAUGCUGUAGCAGAAAGAAAGAGCACACAUUUACAGGCAAUGUGACCUUGAGCAAAUUUUUGGAGAACUGUGGCCCUGCCUCCAAUGAUAGAUUCUUCCCUCCCACCCCAAAAAAGAAAACCCCCUGUAGAUUAUUUCAGCAUGUAUAAUAAUUUACUUGUUCACGUGGUUGAAAUUUUGCUGUUCAUCACAUUUUGUUGAUUCAGUAUGGACUGCUUCAGUGGAUACCGUUAAAACAUUUCCUUUUAAAUUUAAAAACAGAGGCCUAUUUGGGUUCUAAUUCAAAUCCAGUUAUUCCAGGGAGACACAAAGAUUAACAUUUGCUCAUUUUAAUUAAUUUUCCUCAGAAAUUGUGAAGAUGUGUCUACAGGAACACUCCAUCAUUUUUGCUACAAGCCCUGGUUGCUGUGAUGAGCCUGUUUAUCAGGAUGUGAGGGCUGCAGGUGGCGAAAUGGUUUAAUAGUAGGCACCGCCCAACUCCCUGCAGCCCCUCCAUCUUGUGUUGUCUCACAGGCAGCCUUGAUGCAGCGCAUCUUCUUGCAUCAAAUGUUUUAUGGGAGGUAGCUGCCUGUCACAGCUAUACAGGGAGGGGGGAAAGUCAUUGUGUGGCAACUGUUCAUCCACUAGCCAGGUCUAGGUUUUAUGAUAGCAGUAAAAAAAGCGGAGCUGCAGACUAGAAAUGAGAACUACCAAAUCAAAUGGAUGCUCACAUACAUGGUGUGGAGAGCUGCUACUUAAAAGACUUGUGGCACAUGCCCAGAACACAAUUUUGCAUCUAAUAAUUUAUAUCUAGAGAUGCAAAUUUAGGCCAACUUUUAAAGGAGGAAGAACAAACUGUAGCUCCUGCUGUCAAGGCCCUGCUCUGAACUAUGGGAUGUCAAUUGGGUUUUCUAAACUGGAUGUGCCAAAGUAAAAUCCCACCCAAACUAUUGCAUGGGUGGGAAACCUUGACUCUGCAGGCUAGAUCUUUAUCAGGAUUUUGUCUUUCAGACGAAGUUUGACAGAUGGUUGCCCAUCUGCCAUUUACCUGAUGCAACAAUGGCAUCAGGUGAUUAGGUGCUUUCAGUUCUAGAAUCAUCUCAGUUCCAUGCCAAUACCUAUGUAAAUGUUCAAACUACAGUGGAUCAUUAAACAAUACAGCUUCCAUGAAUUCACAUAUUUACCCUUCCUUGUUAAUAUUCAAUGAUGCCUUGGAGCCAGGCACUUCUUACCACACUCCUCUUUAGCUUUUUAAAAUUAUCCUUAUUGUGUAGUUUGUUUAAGCAUGUAUUUAUAGAACUUGCAAGUGGUGUGUUAAUGAAGCAAUCCUCUUCUGAAUUCGUUUUUGGCAGCAGUAGCUCUUGGCACAACUAGAUGCAGCGCUGAGAGGGGAUGUUGCAGAGAUAUUGGAAAGGGUCACACUUGAAUGCAGUUUUUCCUUUGGGUUGAAAUAGGUCAGUUGCUAAUGUGAGUUUAAUACAAAGCAGCAAUCAAGCUGGCGGCUGUUUGUCAAUAGACCGGUUAAUGUCUAAGUGUUUUUCAAAUUCUUCAAAAUGUUAUUAGGUAUAUUUCCUGUCAUGACUCCCUGUGAAAUAUCAAACAUUAUUGAUUAAAAAUGAAUUUAGCAAGGUAUCAUCUUUGAAGCCACCCGGAAGCAUUAAAAUGACACUGUUCACAUGCUGAAUAGAACUAGUGGUGUAUUGUUCUCUGGCUUCCUCCUGUGGUUUGUUUGGAAAGAGAGAAACCAUGCACAUUGGUUCACACCUAAUGCUAAACCAGUGAUAUGGUUGUUUCCUCCCAUCGUGGCAAAGGGAGGAGCAGGACAGGCAUGAUUUGAACAGCAUGCACCAGAAUGCUACUUGUGCACAGUUAUAGCUAUGGUUUGCCGCUAUGGGCCAUUUUGCUUAUUCUAAGGAUGGCUCUUUGGUUCUCCUGUGGUUCUUGUUUUUAAAGCCUUAUCUCUUUUUCUAGGACCUCAGCUGAGUGCACAACUAGAAGGUUGGCUUUCUCAAGUACAAUCUACAAAGAGGCCUGCUAGAGCUAUUAUUGCACCGUAAGUUUUUUCUUUAUUUUCACAUGUAGACCAUUUUAAAAGAACUGUUACAAAUUGUCACACUCCAAUAUUUGCAGCAAAAAGUGGUGCUUUUGGAGUGAGAGAAAUAGGCCAGUUCAUGUCUGUCACUUUGGUUAGCUGCCCUGAUACAGGUGUCAUUUUCAGAGUCUGAUUUCCUCGUCCUAUUUUGUUUUGAUUAUUUCUAUCAACUAUCCUAAUUCAGAGGGAGGAGAGUGCUUUAUCUUGUAUUCCCCUUACUCUGAAUGUGUGGACUUUUUCCUUCGCUUGAGUCCCUAGCACCAGAGGAGAGAACAGUUCUUGUGUUCAUGAAAGGUAGUGUGCUAUUUCAUUUCAGCAUUGUUUGUAAUUGCUCAGAAGACUACUACUCAUAUAUUUCAAUCUUAAACAUGGUUUUGCUUUAAGAAGUAGAAUGCUCAUAGCUUCAAAUUACAGCCGUCUCUUAUCACAAUUUUAGGUCAUAGGAGUAUUCAUGCAAGACACUGCUGUGUCUUGCAAACAUAACCUUGAUAAGGGUAUAUACAUAUCUGCUGUCUGAGAGUCACGUAAGUAAGCUGAGUUGCUUGUUGAUUGUCAGUGUACCAACUGGGCAUGCUGCUUAUAUCUGCUGUUGCAUUUUUCAAGAGCCAGUUGAAUAUAUGCUGCUUGUCAACUCCAUAACAUCAGCAAGCUCCCCUAUAUGGACCAGCAAUAUGCUGACUGUUAAUCUUGUACAACGUGUCUGUUUUUUGCAGGCAUGCAGGCUAUACUUACUGUGGGUCGUGUGCAGCUCAUGCGUACAAACAAGUGGAUCCUUCAGUCACGUAAGUCACUUUAGAAGAUUCUUAGAGUGUGUACAACAGAACUUGAUUUGCAUACAUGCUGACUUUAAGACAGAAGCCAUUUUAGGUAGUGGCAAAGAGGGAUACCUGUACCGUAGUGGCUGACACAUAAUGGAGAUAACUUGCUGUUUUGUCCCAAUCCUUGGGGCAAAUUGAACAAUGCCUCUGAGAGACAGUAUACUUCAUAGAAUGAAUGGAUAAAUGUUGUGUGAAGUUCUAGUGUCAAUGCCCCCUUUUCUUGACCCUACCCACCCAAUACUUGUGUUAGCUUUGGCAUCGUGGUUGCCAUCAGGAUGCCAAAUUGCUUUGGCUCCAGAUUGCACCAAUGAGCACACAUAUGUGAAGACAUUUCUAUAUAGGGUGGAGACAGUUUGGACCACAGCACUAUUUUUCGGGUUGUAUUUAAAAUUGCCUGGAACUGUAUGCAAUCAGGACCAUACAGUCCUCAUUUUCUGAAAUUAGAUGCUACAUGAUGUAGCAUCUCACUUGCCACGCUACAGUGAUAACAUAAAAAAGAGCUGUAAUAAAGGCAUCCAACUGGGAGCCUUGUCUUUUUCCUUCAAGGAGAAAACCCUUUGGUUGGACACAACUGUAAUGGGAUGUAACCAGGGAGCAGGAGGCAUGUCCAUGUGUGCUGGAGUGCUAACGUUGAUAGUGGAACCAUUCACCUGUCUUUAGCUAGUCAUGGAAUCCAUUGUUUUUCUGUUGAGUAGACAGUCGCUAAUAUUACAUCUUUUCUGCUCACCCUCAGACGGAGAAUCUUCAUCCUUGGGCCUUCCCACCACGUGCCCCUCUCCCGGUGUGCACUUUCCAGUGUGGAUAUAUAUAGAACCCCACUAUAUGAUCUGCGAAUUGAUCAAAAGGGUAAUUGCAUAUAAAAUACACAACCACUGCAGUACACAAGCAAAACUAAUUCUUAAUCCAUUGUGACUUUUCCUUUUAUUUGACUUACCUCUAAAUAUUCUCAUAAAAUAAAAAUAGGGUAUGGCACAGGAAGUAAAUCUAACAUGGGUUAUUAUUUAAGGAAGAGCACUGUUUAGAAUUCAUGUAAUAAAGGAGUUCAUUGAAAUAAUUCAGUCUGUUUUGUUGGACUGUCACCAGCUUUUCUGCAAACCCAGCUGUUUUAUUUGCACUCUGUGGCCUUAGCUUUGUAUCUGGGAGAAGGCAUUCAUUUGUUUGUUUUCUUCAUGUUUUGAUUUUUUAAACGUUUGGUUGGUUUGUAUCUUAAAACCUUGGGAACUAACAGGACUAACAGAAUAGUGUCUUAUGAAUGAACCGAAUGGACACUUGUCCAAGGAUUCCUGUGGCAGCCAUAGUUCUGCCUUUGUGCAGUUAUACUACUGAACACUUUCAGGAGCCUAGAAUCUUAUUUUCCUCCCUAGUAGAACAAAGUCUGUUGGGAUUUUGCCUGCUUACAGUAACCACUUGUCCUUCAUUGACAAAGUUGAUGCAGUACACUAAACUAUAUAAAGCAACUGCUUGUAACUAAAAUAAAUAUUGGGAGAUAAGUGAGGUGGGUUGUUGUUGUUGUUUAGUCGUUUAGUCGUGUCCGACUCUUCGUGACCCCAUGGACCAGAGCACGCCAGGCACUCCUGUCUUCCACUGCCUCCCGCAGUUUGGUCAGACUCAUGUUUGUAGCUUCGAAAACACUGUCCAACUAUCUCGUCCUCUGUCGUCCCCUUCUAUUUGUGCCCUCAAUCUUUCCCAACAUCAGGGUCUUUUCCAGGGAGUCUUCUCUUCUCAUGAGGUGGCCAAAGUAUUGAAGCCUCAGCUUGAUGAUCUGUCCUUCCAAUGAGCACUCAGGGCUAAUUUCCUUAAGAAUGGAUGCGUUUGAUCUUCUUGCAGUCCAUGGGACUCUCAAGAGUUUCCUCCAGCUCCAUAAUUCAAAAGCAUCAAUUCUUCGGCGAUCAGCCUUCUUUAUGGUCCAGCUUUCACUUCCAUACAUCACUACUGGGAACACCAUGGCUUUCACUAUACAGACCUUUGUUGGCAAGGUGAUGUCUCUGCUUUUUAAGAUGCUGUCUAGGUUUGCCAUCGCCUUUCUCCCAAGGAGCAGGCGUCUUUUAAUUUCGUGGCUGCUGUCACCAUCUGCAGUGAUCAUGGAGCCCAAGAAGGUAAAAUCUCUCACUGCCUCCAUUUCUUCCCCUUCUAUUUGCCAGGAGGUGAUGGGUCCAGUGGCCAUGAUCUUCGUUUUUUUGAUGUUGAGCUUCAGACCAUAUUUUGCGCUCUCCUCUUUCACCCUCAUUAGAAGGUUCUUUAAUUCCUCCUCACUUUCUGCCAUCAAGGUUGUGUCAUCUGCAUAUCUGAGGUUGUUGAUAUUUCUUCCGGCGAUCUUAAUUCCGGCUUGGGAUUCAUCCAGCCCAGCCUUUCACAUGAUGAAUUCUGCAUAUAAGUUAAAUAAGCAGGGAGACAAUAUACAGCCUUGCCGUACUCCUUUCCCAAUUUUGAACCAAUCAGUUGUUCCAUAUCCAGUUCUAACUGUAGCUUCUUGUCCCACAUAGAGAUUUCUCAGGAAACAGAUGAGGCGAUCAGGCACUCCCAUUUCUUUAAGAACUUGCCAUAGUUUGCUGUGGUCGACACAGUCAAAGGCUUUUGCAUAGUCAAUGAAGCAGAAGUAGAUGUCUUUCUGGAACUCUCUAGCUUUCUCCAUAAUCCAACGCAUGUUUGCAAUUUGGUCUCUGGUUCCUCUGCCCCUUCGAAAUCCAGCUUGCACUUCUGGGAGUUCUCGGUCCACAUACUGCUUAAGCCUGCCUUGUAGAAUUUUAAGCAUAACCUUGCUAGCGUGUGAAAUGAGUGCAAUUGUGCGGUAGUUGGAGCAUUCUUUGGCACUGCCCUUCUUUGGGAUUGGGAUGUAGACUGAUCUUCUCCAAUCCUCUGGCCACUGCUGAGUUUUCCAAAUUUGCUGGCAUAUUGAGUGUAGCACCUUAGCAGCAGCAUCGUUUAAAAUUUUAAAUAGUUCAGCUGGAAUGUUAUCACUUCCACUGGCCUUGUUAUUAGAAGUGCUUUCUAAGGCCCAUUUGACUUCACUCUCCAGGAUGUCUGGCUCAAGGUCAGCAACCACACUACCUGGGGUAUACGAGACAUCCAUAUCUUUCUGGUAUAAUUCCUCUGUGUAUUCUUGCCACCUCUUCUUGAUGUCUUCUGCUUCUGUUAGGUCCUUUCCACUUUCGUCUUUUAUUAUGGUAAUCUUUGUACGAAAUGUUCCUUUCAUAUCUCCAAUUUUCUUGAACAGAUCUCUGGUUUUUCCCAUUCUAUUGUUUUCCUCUAUUUCUUUGCAUUGCUCGUUUAAGAAGGCCUUCGUGUCUCUCCUUGCUAUUUUUGGAAAUCUGCAUUCAAUUUCCUGUAUCUUUCACUAUCUCCCUCGCAUUUUGCUUGCCUUCUCUCCCCUGCUAUUUGUAAGGCCUCGUUGGACAGCCACUUUGCUUUCUUGCAUUUCCUUUUCAUUGGGAUGGUUUUAGUUGCUGCCUCCUGUAUAAUGUUACGAGCCUCCAUCCAUAGUUCUUCAGGCACUCUGUCCACCAAAUCUAAAUCCUUAAACCUGUUCCUCACUUCCACUGUGUAUUCAUAAGGGAUUUGACUUAGAUUGUAUCUUACCGGCCCAGUGGUUUUUCCUACUUUCUUCAGUUUAAGCUUGAAUUUUGCUAUAAGAAGCUGAUGAUCUGAGCCACAGUCAGCUCCAGGUCUUGUUUUUGCUGACUGUAUAGAGCUUCUCCAUCUUUGGCUGCAGAGAAUAUAAUCAAUCUGAUUUCGAUGCUGCCCAUCUGGUGAUGUCCAUGUGUAGAGUCGUCUCUUGUGCUGUUGGAAAAGCGUGUUUGUGAUGACCAGCUUGUUCUCUUGGCAGAACUCUAUUAGCCUUUGCCCUGCUUCGUUUUGAACUCCAAGGCCAAACUUGCCAGUUGUUCCUUUUAUCUCUUGACUCCCUACUUUAGCAUUCCAAUCCCCUAUAAUGAGAAGAACAUCCUUCUUUGGUGUCAUUUCUAUAAGGUGUUGUAAGUCUUCAUAGAAUUGGUCAAUUUCAGUUUCUUCAGCACCAGUGGUUGGUGCAUAAACUUGGAUUACUGUGAUGUUAAAAGGUGUGCCUUGGAUUCGUAGCGAGAUCAUUGUAUCAUUUUUGAGAUUGCAUCCCAGUACAGCUUUCGCCACUCUUUUGUUGACUAUGAGGGCCACUCCAUUUCUUUUACGGGUUUCUUGCCCACAGUAGUAGAUAUGAUAGUCAUCCGAACUGAAUUCGCCCAUUCCCGUCCAUUUUAGUUCACUGAUGCCCAGGAUGUCAAUAUUUAUUCUUGCCAUCUCAUUUUUGACCACAUCCAACUUACCCAGGUUCAUGGUUCUUACAUUCCAGGUUCCUAUGCAAUAUUUUUCUUUACAGCAUUGGACUUUCCUUUCGCUUCCAGGCAUUUCCGCAACUGAGCGUCCUUUCGGCUUUGGCCCAGCCGCUUCAUCAGCUCUGAAUCUAUUUGUACUUGUCCUCCGCUCUUCCUCAGUAGCAUGUUGGACGCCUUCCGACCUGAGGGGCUCAUCUUCCAGCGUCAUAACUUUUAUAUGCCUGUUGUCUUUGUCCAUGGAGUUUUCUUGGCAGGGAUACUGGAGUGGCUUGCCGGUUCCUGCUCCAGGUGGAUCACGUUUGGUCAAAACUCUCCACUAUGACCUGUCCAUCUUGGGUGGCCCUGCACGGCAUAGCUCAUAGCUUCUCUGAGUUAUUCAAGCCCCUUCGCCACGGCAAGGCAGUGGUCCAUGAAGGGGUUACAGAAUAAAAUUUAGCUCUAAUUUCAGUUGUGAUCGUCUUUAUAUCUUGCAUCAGAGGGGAGGCACCAUUGGCUCUACAGAUGUUGGACCCCAACAGCACCACCAAGGCUGAUGAGAGCUGUAGUCCAACAACAUCUGGAGGAACACAGGAUCUUUGUCUUGCAUAAAAGAGACUGACAUGCCAGUAACUUAGUAGGAGAGUUUCUGUGUUAAAAUACUUUAGCUGAGUUAACAGAAGGAUUGGGCGGGAGAGAGCUUUUCUGAGCACAUGAAAACGUUUGUAGGCACCUACAAUCAUUGUUUUCUAUAAACAGAUAUUCCCCAAUAGGUUAUUUUUGAUUCUGCCUCUAUCCAGUGGUUACUGGUAAUCUUAAUACAUAAACUGUCUGCUUUCCAAUACAGCCUGAAGGCAAAGGUUUUAACUUGGCACUUUAUAUCACAGUACUUGGUUGAGGAGAUACACUUCAUCCUAGUUUGAGUAUAACCAGAAAGUUGAUAAAGCAGAAAGACAGCUUCUCAUUCAGUAUUUUUUUAGUCAGACUAAUAUAUUCAAAACUUCUCAGUUUAUGCAGAAUUAUGGAAGACUGGAAUGUUUGAGCGCAUGUCUCUGCAAACAGAUGAAGAUGAACACAGUAUUGAAAUGCAUUUGCCUUAUACUGCUAAAGCCAUGGAAAGGUACAUUUACUUUUUAAGAAGCUGCACCAUAUGUAGAAUGUACAUAUUGAAUCCCUGCUUUUAAUAAAUCUAUGUAUGGGUUUCUCCCAUACUCCACUAAUGUAGAAUACAGUAUGCUGGAAUCCUCAAGUGUCUUAAGCUCAUUAAAACGAGUAAGAGAACUGUAGGCUGUAACUUUUAGACACACAGAUAAUUUCUUAGAGUAGAAAUCAGUAGGGGUUGGGUAGAGUUCAGGCGGUCAGGGCUUUUAUCUCAACUUAGUACAUCUGUUAUUAUAUGUUCCUUCCAUCCUUCCUUAUGUGACUUGGAAGAAUUGGCAAAAAUCAAAGAAGUGUACUAUCCCACUUUGCGCAGCUUGUUCCAAUUAUAGGAGACCCAAAUCCUACAAAACGGCAGCAUCUUUCCAUAAAGAAAUCACCUGUAAACGUUUAAGAAAUGUAUAUACCACUCUUUAUCAAAUAGCUUCAGGUCAGUUUAAAACAUGGUAACAUAAUUUAAAAUCCAAACAAAACAGUUAUAUGAAUACAAUUUAUAAUAGUAGAUAAUACAUAUAAGCAAUACAGUGUCAAAUUAAUUACAAAGGUUCACUCAGCAAGAAACUCUACAACUCAGCCACUUCAAAAUACAAGUCUAAGCAUAAGCUAUUGACUACACAUUUCAGUUGUGACUAUAAAACAUACCUAUUUAACAAAACAGUGUUUGAAAAAUCACUGCCCCUUUGGGCAUGAGACAAUGAAAAAAACACACAGCUUGUUUUCCUUAUGAAGCUAUCACUACCAGAGUACCUAUUUCUGAUUCUGAAAUACAGAGAGAGUCUGGCUUGGUCAUCUGAAACACACUGUGUUUCUUUACAGCAGGCUUCCUCAACCUUGACCCUCCACAUGUUUUGAGACUACAAUUCCCAUCAUCCCUGACCACUGGUCCUGUUAGAUAGGGAUCAUGGGAGUUGCAGGCCAAAAACAUGUGGAGGGCCGAGGUUGAGGAAGCCUGCUUUACAGCAAGCUGUUUUUGUCAGGCUUAAGUGCUAUUCAGAGUGUGCUGAUGAGGUGCAAACUUUUAGAAAGUGCUAGUUAGAUAAAUAUGGCAACAGAUCAAAACGAUUUUUAAAAUAAUUGUUUCCUUUUUUUUAAGAAAUAAAGCUGAAUCAUGGAUUCAGAAUAUGUGCCAUGGGGUAUGUUCAGUGCUUUUCACAUGGGAGGCAGGCCUACAAGAAGUGGGGGAAAGUUGCAUGUGGGAGAAGCACAUUCAGGAGGGUGAGGGAAGCAUUCAGCACUGAUCUUGUCUUGACCCUCUACAAUGCAAACUUAUUUUUCUCUUCUUUAAGCCAUAAGGAUGAGUUUACCAUUGUUCCUGUGUUGGUUGGAGCACUGAGUGAGACAAAAGAACAGGAAUUUGGAAAACUCUUCAGCAAAUAUUUAGCAGAUCCUUGUAAUCUUUUUGUGGUUUCCUCUGACUUCUGUCAUUGGGGUAAGUUGAGGCAUGUGAAUAGUUGUGAACUCCAAUUGCAUACAUUGGCAAAUAUACACAAAAUACAUGUAUGUUACAUUGAAAUGCAUUUUAGUUUGACAAACCUGUUAGAGCGAAUUGAAGCUGAAGUUUGUUGGUUGCACCUUCAUGGUGUGGCAGGGGUGACAAAAGACACAGUCAUAGUUAAGGCAUGAGCUUGACUUUACACACACAAGCAUAUACACAGAGAUAAGCACACAUACACACAGUCUUAAGAGUUACAUUUAUUAUUAAAAGAGGAAAUUCAUAUGACGCAUUCUUUUGUGAUGAAAAAUGAGAACUCUUCCCAUGGUUGAGUCAGGGGGGCAAGGAUUCACCAGCAGUUUUAAUAAUUUGCAUUCCAAACCAGUAUCUGAUCACUCUUUUUCAUAUUUGCUUCAUUCUACUCAAAUUAGAAUUGCAGAGCCAGCAAAAGAAGGCAGCUGUGAUCUAGUUUUUUCUGGCUUUUGUGUCAUUUUAAAGUUUCCCAAGCUUUUACUGGAGGCAUCUCUGUCACUUCUGCUAUGGGGGCAAAGCAGGAAGAACAUUUCUGACAAGUGGCAGUGUUCUUAAAGCACUGCAAUUAAAAACAACAGCUCUUCUGGCAUUUUGCAAAUAAAGCAACAUAAACCAAAAUGAUGUCUUUAUAUAUUUUUAAACUAUUGAUACAAGUUUAAAUUUACUUUAAAAUAAUAAAUAUUUAAUGUAUGACCAUACUAUAUUUCCUUAGUGCCAAAUGUUGAUAGAAAUCAUGUUUGCGUUAUAAGGACACUUUAAUCUGAUUGGUUGCUGUCUUGUUGGGAUUAGGUUUAUUGCAAUAUAAUGGAAAAGUUCAAAAAGUCAUUUUUUACCUUAAUAACCUGAGAUACAAAUGAGCCUUUAAGCACACUGUGAUUUAACACCAUGGCUUGUUUUAAAGCUGUUACCAGUGCUGGAAGAAAAGGGAAAGAAUAGUUAAUGAAAGAGUUGCUGGUUUGUGAGCUUAUUCACACAAAGGGAUGGGCAUAAAGACUCUGUGCAUGGGCAGAAGACAUUAUCAUAUAUCAUUAAACUGAUGGCUGAUCAUCCAAAUGCAGUCAGUAUACUGAAUGAGAGUAUUUUAAAGAUGCAGUACACCAUAGAUUUGUGCUGCCUGUUCAGAUACCACUUUGUUUCAUUUUAAAAAAUCAUAACCACAUAAUAUGUGUCUAGUUACUCAUUUCUUCUUUAAUUUGAUUAAUUAAGGUCAGCGGUUCAGAUACAGUUACUAUGAUGAGUCUCAAGGAGAGAUCUAUAGGUCCAUUGAAAACCUAGAUAAAAUGGUAAGUGUUAAAUUUCAUACUUUCUGUUGUCUGCUCGUCCUGCGUUUUUUGAGGGCUCCUGGAGUUUUUCAGAGCUCCAAAUAACACGUUCCCAUUUCUGUUUCAACACAAGGGAUGCAAACUGUAUCAAGACCAUUUCAUCUAUUCCUAGUCUAGGAGGGAAUCCGUAGCCGCAGUACAUGUGGCCACCAACAACAUUGGGAAAUAGAGUUUUGAUGUCCAGGAUCCCUGUGGAAGCUUUUCAGAAAUGCUACUUGUUUCUUCCUUCAUUGCUAGAAUUCAGAAUUUCCCAAUGGUGUUGGAUCAUCAGUAGGUUCAGGUGGGGUGGGGGUGGAGCAGGGAGAACUUAGUAAUUUUUCACAAGGCACAAUUAUGCUAUAGAAUUCAUAGCUAUCUUGCAGUGCAAUCAUAACCACGUAAGUCCUAGUGAAUUCAGGUAAGUGAGGAGAUGAUUGCAGCCUUUUAAAAGGUCAACAUCUGUUAGUGAUGAUAACUAAAUGGUGUCACCAUGUUCCGAGGCACUUUUGCAUCUAAAUACUAGCUGCCGAAUGGGAUGGCUAUUGUCUUCAUGCCUGUCUUGUAGAUGUUUCCAUGGAGACAUCUAGAAACAAGAUUAGAGUAGAUCAACCCUUGGUCUGAUUCAGUGGGGCUCCUUGCAUUAAGAGCAUGCUACCAGUUGUUCUAAGAGACAGUUGUAGACUCUAAUGCAGGCAUCCCCAACCUGUGGCCCUCCAGAUGUUUUGGCCUACAAUUCCUAUGAUCCCUAGCUAACAGGACCAGCGGUCAGGGAUGAUGGGAAUUGUAGUCCAAAACAUUGAGGGCCGAAGGUUGGGGAUGCCAGCUCUAAUGGGAGGAGGUAUUGGGCCUAGGCCUUCCCAGUUUAUCACAGAACUCUUUGGAUUUGGAGCUAAAAUUCAAGGGGAAAACUCUUGAUCAUGCUGGUAGGGAGGAAAAGACCUAAUGUGCUAUGUAGAACUUCCACUUUACUGAUAGCUUCUCAAUUUGGUGUCGGUCCCCCCCGCAGGUGAUGUGACAACCAUAUCACAUUGAAGGGAAAGCUCUGUGUAUUCAUAAUACACAGUAAUACAAUUAUAACUGUCUUUUUUUACAAAAAAAAGUUUGUAAAGCUUAGGUAUUUCCCUACAUGUUAAGGCUUUCUGUGUUUGAUAUCUGUAUUUCUUGGGUAACAUGCUUGGCAUGCUAUAAAUGUUGGUUAUGAAUAAAUGCAGCUCUAAAUUAUAGCUGAUCAUAAUAUUGAUAUUCUCCUUAGGGUAUGAGCAUUAUAGAGCAGCUUGACCCUGUGUCCUUUAGCAAUUACUUGAAGAAAUACCAUAAUACGAUAUGUGGAAGACAUCCCAUUGGGGUUUUACUAAAUGUAAGUACUGUUUGUUAAGCAGAGUUCAAAAGCAGCAAAUGCCAUUAUUAGAAAAUAUCAUACACUCUCCUUGGUGACCAAACCUUCUGUGGUUUAGCUUUUGUCGUACUCAGCUGGGUGGUGUUCUUAGCAGAGUUUGGAGUGGAACUGAAUUCUUGAGGGAAACCCUGAAUUUCCAGUAGCAUUUUCCCUUCAGUAAUGUGGGGACUGAGCAUUGAUACCUACCAGUCCUCCCUUGCAAAGUUUGCAAGACUCCAUUAUGAAUAAGGCACUAGAGUGCUGCCUCUCUUGGAAUGUCAACUUUACUUCCAAAACAGCGAACCUUUUUGCUUUCCUUCCCCCUAGGCUAUCACAGAGCUCCAGAAGAAUGGAAUGAACAUGAGCUUCUCGUUUUUGAAUUAUGCCCAGUCAAGCCAGUGUCGAAACUGGCAAGACAGCUCAGUGAGUUACGCAGCAGGAGCGCUCAUGGUCCACUGAACCUCUGACUACUCAGGGAUGACACCUGCACACCCAGUGGGGUCCCAGCCUUGCCCUUACAAAGAUGCAGUUCCUGGUCUUUGGGUAUACUGAAACCUCAAACUAAUAGAACUCUUCUUUUUCUAGUAGGUGUAGUCCUUCCUUAGUUACAACUCAUUUUAAAAUGCUUUCUUGUUUAGGACAAGGGAAGGAAGGCUGGUGUCAAAAUGUUGUGACUUCUAAAAGCCAGUGGCUAUAAAGGGAUGGUGGCAGACGCUGGUCCCCUUGCAGGUACAACAUGUAAAAGCAUUUACCACAUCCCAGAUUUGCACUCUGCAGACCUGUGCACAUGUACUCUGCUUUCAGAAUAGUUUUGCAAGUUGUAAACAGACGAGGGUGGAAGCUUUUUAAUAAAAAAUGCAUUUAUAAAAGAUCCUGUAUCAGAAUAUAAUAAAACUCCAGUAUAGUCAAUUACUACCCAUGUUGUACAACAAAUAUCUUCUAUUUUAGUUGCUAAUAAAGGGCUGCACAAACCAA